AUUAGAGACAUUCAAUAAUCUUAAGAAGACUGAAGUGUCCUCCGGUUGGUCCGCGGCCCCCCCUUUGAGCAGCCCUGCUCCAGCCCCUGUGUUUAUCUGAGUCAGCCUGCAGGAACCAGGAAGUGAGUCCAUCCCUAAACCAGCACUAAACAAGGCUCUGAACUGGACCAGACAUGUCUGCUGCUGCUCCAAACUCAGAGCUGAGGCUGGUGGUCCUGGGCCGGACCAGGGACGGGAAGAGACCCGAAGGCAGCGCCAUCCUGGGCCUGCAAGACAGCGAGCUGGGCACAGACCCGGAAACCACCCAGCUGUGCAGCAAACACAGAGGAGAGGCUGCAGGCAGACAGGUGGUGGUGGUCUCCAGUCCGGCCUGGUUCAGCCCUGACUGCGACCCAAAGGACAGAAGACGCCACAUUUCCUCCUUCCUCUCCUUAUCCAGCCCGGGUCCUCACGCCUUCCUGCUCUGCGUCCCCGUGAACGACUCAGCCGAUGCAGAAUCCAAAGCUCUGGACGUCCUGGAGGAGCUGCUCGGCCCGUCUGCGGUCAGCGCCAACACCAUCGUCCUCUUCACCCACACCGAGGAGCUGGAGGAGGACGAGCGGAUGGAGGACUACCUCGUCACCUGGAGGAAGGACCUCGGGGCCCUGGUGGGGAGAUGCGGGGACCGAUACCACACCCUGGAAACCCGCGGAGGAGACGAGGAGGCGGAGAGGAGAGCGGUGGAGGAGCUCCUGGAGAAGGUGGAGCAGGCGGUGACGGAGAGCGGGACGCCACACUUCAGCUGCCGUCUGUACGAGGAGGCGGAGGAGAGAGUGAGGCAGAAACAGGCGGAGCUGGUGUCCCCCGCGGACGGAAACACCACAGAAGAAGAGAUGGAGGCGGUCCGAGACGAGGCGGAGAGGAGCGUAGAUGAUUUAGACGUGGAUGUGGAGAGCUUCUUCUCCUCCGUCAGCGUCUCUCCGUCCUCCUCCGCUCCCUGGUUUCUCUGGGAGUGGUGGGAGAAGCUCGCCGGGUGGAUGAGACGGCUGCCCAAGCUGGUGAGGAGGGAGGCCCUGCUGGGGGCGCUGGUGGGCCUGUUUGUCGGGGGCCCGUUUGGAGGUAUGAUGGGGGCCACGGUGGGAUCGGUGGCGGUGGAGGUCGGGAGAAGAAAGACUCAGAAGAACAAAUAAAAGAUGAUCGUGUUUAAAGAGUCGCACCUUUAAAGUCACUUCACUGUGUUCGCCUCACGCCGUGUUUAUCAAACUUAGCUUUAGCAGCUAGCAUCUUCCAAAGCAGUAUUAAUGUUGGACUGAUGAGCUUUAAGAGUGAUCGUCAAUGCCUCGGUCAUAUCUCCACACGUAGCUGAGUGAGCUCGGUGCUGACACGUUGGAGGAACAUUAGCUGAUCACGUAUUUAUCGGCCGAGUGCGCUAGGAUUUAUAAAACACGCUAGCCGACCCUCUUUUCACGGCGCAGUUAAUCAAAAAGAAACAUUCUUAUACGCUGAUUUUGCCGACGUUAUUUGGAACUUUGCUUCGGUAACUUCUGCAGCAGACACACCGACGAUAAACGUUAAGACGUAAGCGUAGAGAGCGAAGUUCGUACAUUGAGCAAGUGAUUAUUAAAAGCAACAUCUUUGCACAUCAAGAUACAAAUAAUGAGAAACACGUGACCAACGUCCGAUUAUACGGAUAAACGUCGUACCGGUGUGUCAGACGCUGUGCACGGGUAAAAAGUCGUCAUUCUCCGAACUUGCAUUGAUAUAUUUGAGUGUUUGUACCGCCGUCACUUUAUAAAAUAUAUUACAAAGUUACAACAUUUGAAACAUCUUUCGUGUGUUGGAAUUUCCUCCUAGUGUAACUUGUCGUCUUUCGUAACAAACUUCGCAGAGUGAUGCAUUGUGGGAUUUAUACUUUGGCUAACACCGCUCACUUUAAAUACAGAGAAAGUGCAAACCAAGCGCGCUGCACUUUUGAUCGUUGGAGAAAUGUGUCAGAGAAGAAGUGUGAUCGUAAAGAUGGGAUCCUGAGUGUUACUAACUCUCACCACUGGGGGGCAGCAGAGCAGAGAGCAGCUGAGCCGGCAGUAUUUAAAACCAAAACAAGCUGAAAAACACUAAAAAACUUCACAAGAUGAUUCAAAGAUAUUUUAAAAGAAGGCCUUGACUUGAAUAAACGUGUUUAUAUAAUGAAGAGAGGAUUCUUUUAUUUAAAGAUCAUAUAUUUACUGAUGUCUACAGACAGAUCCUUCCAACUGGAACACAAGGAAUUGGGAUAUCAAUGAACAACAGAGAAUUUAAUAUUUAUUUAUGACUGAAAUAUAUAAAAGCCCAUUAACACCAGGUUAAUAAAGAAAGAGGGAGAUUAAGUCUUAAUGAAAAACAAACAGAAUGUAAAGUCAUAAUUAUGAGAUUAAAACUCAGAAUUAUGACAUUUUAAUUUGAAAUUAUGUGAUAAGUCAAAAAUUUGACAUAAAAGCCAAAAUGAUGAGACAUACAGUUAAAUUUAUGCUUAAAAAAGUCCAAAAUAUUGAAAGAAAAAAUUCAAUUAUGACAUACUAAGUCAAAAUUUGUAGAUAAUACAAUUUAAAAUAUGGGAUAAAAAGGCAUAAUUAUGAGGUAAAAAGUUGAAAUAAAGACAUAAAAAGUCUAAAUGAUGAGAACUUGUCAUUUGAAAUGAUGAGAUAUAUUUUGCAAUUACGAGAUACAAAGUUUAAAUUAUGAGAAAAAAAUUCAACAUUAUGAGAUCAAAAAUUUAAAUUACGAGAUUAAAAGUCGAAAUUGUGACAUUGUAAUUUUGAAAUUAUCAGAUAAAUGCCAACAAUUUGAGAUAAAAGCCAAAAUGAUGAGCUUAAAAAUUGAAUUUAUGAUAUAAAAAGUCUAAAUUAUGAAAUAUAAAUAUUUAAUAUGAGAUACAGAGAAGUCAAAAUUCAGAGAUAAUAAAAAUAAAAAUAUGAGAUCAAAAGAGGAAAUUAUUAGAUUAACUUCUUAAUUAUGAUAUAGUCAGGAUUUUUAAUCUCAUAUUUUUUAUUUAACAUUUUGAAUUUUGUUACAUUAAGUCUCCUCUUUCUUUAUUUACCUGGUGUUAAUGGGUUGUCAUAGAAACCUCAUCAGAAACACUUGAAGAGCUGCAGACGGCUGAAGAACUCUAAAGAUGUAAUACUAAGAAUUGUCCACACGGUGGCGCUGUUGACCUGUUUUAGAGAUUUACACGUUGAACUGAAAUAUUCUUAUUCCUGCUUAUUAAGCAAAUAAAGCUGCUGUUUGAAGAACA